AUGGCAUUAUUCUUCGAGUUCAAGAAAGUCGCAUUUGUCUUCUCAGUCCAAGACUUUGGAGACAUGUUUCAAGCCAUCGCUGAACAUGAUUCAUCGAUGACUGCAUCUUUUCAUGCCGAGAGGAUGGGAUACUUUAACGCUUCCGGGAUGGUCAACAGAGUCUCCCAAAGCUUCUUGAGAGCAUGGUUUUUAAACGCCCCCGACUUCAUAGCGGUGACGAAAGCUUGCAAGAAGGCGCUGUCGGUCGGAGAAUUCAUUGCCCUUGGAGCUCACAAGUCGCACCAAGAUAGGUACCAAAAGCUGAAGGAAGCUGUGCUUUCCACUGGGAAACUGCCCUCCUCUUGGGUCUGGCUGAUAGAUCUGAUGGAAUCCACAAAAGAAGCAAGUGAUAGAAUGAUGAUCUUGGGAGAAAUGAGAAUGACGAGGUCCAAGGGAUCCUACCCCUUCUCUCCAAGAAGAUUCAUACCUACAGUCCACUCCUUGCUCUCAGGUUCUUCCAAGAUCCCGGGGAGAGUUGCAACCCACCAUCUGGUUCAGCUUGCGGGUUCGUACAUCAAAGAUUGCCUGAUCAACAGGAUUGAUCCAAGUUCGGGCGAUGUCCGGGAGGUGAUCGCGAACUAUGACGAAUUGGACGAUGAGACCAAGGUCGCAAUUGGAACAGGAGGCUUCGAUGCAAUUUCCCUGGAGAAGUGGGCGACAUUUAGACCCGCCCCUGUUCAGAUGAACUGGGUCCCAGAAGUAGUCAGCUGCGACAAGUACAUCUGCCCCGAAAAUGCGCCUUUAGUGGCAGAUGCUGUCCCUCUGUGGACCAACUCUAACUCAAGAGAGAGCAUCUUGACCUUCACGACUGACGGUCUCGAGAGAGCUGAAGCCUCUGCGCACGAGUUCUUAUCUGCAGCUGCAGAGGUGGACAUUUACAACCUCGCAGCUCCGCUCCCCGACUUCGGUAAUCUUCCGGAGAGGAUUAUGGGUUCAAAGACGUCCAACUUGAAUGUCCCAAAGGGAGAGUCUGGUCGCGACGUCACGGCAGAGGACUACCUGUCCAAACUGCUCCAGAAAAUGUCUGCAAGAGCAUCCAAGACCAACGCAGUGAAAAGCAAGCACGCAGGGCUCGCGGUCACAAUGUCAGAGGAAGCUCUAACUCAGGAGAUGAAGACACUGUUCGCUUGGACCGGGGGCGCCUUGAAGACAGUUGCGAUCAAGAUCGAAUGCAUGAUGACGCGGAGCAAAAUACACCUAUGGGAUCACUAUCGCUUGUGUGGGAAGGUGGAGAUCACCGGAUUUGACGGCGCCUACUCUAUUGAAGUCAACAAGACUCAGAUGAUGAGCCAGGGGAUCAAUAACCCCAUCAUGAGCAAGAUCAACAAGGCGAUAAAUGGGGUGGCAAGAACCGAGAUCGCUGCAGCCCUCGGGAAGGUGGUCAAGUUCCCUCCUUACAACUUGCUCUGCUAUUUCAUGGGCGACAAUUCCAUCGAGGUUUCCGCCAACUCAAAAGAUGUCGACGUCCAGAACGUCGCCGAGCAGAAGAUCAAGAUCAGAGAGCAAGAUUAUGCCAACUUCAAAAUGAUAGCGAAAGCGGAAGAGUCAUUCGAGGGUUACUUGGGCAGCAAGUUCGUGGGGAGCAUGUACGCCUGCGACUGCUCUUUCGGCCUGGUUGGCAAGACAUUCCCCAACAUGCAUGAGCCUAUAUUGACAUCCCAAACCGACACCGCGGAAGAUUUCCCGACGAUCCAUCUUGCGGCAGGUGCAUGUCUGGAGUAUGACUGCUAUCACUUGCCAUCCAUAUUGGCAGGCUACACUCAGCUCAAAACCCUGGCUCUUCAGAGGUGUCCUUCGGCAGGCACGCUCGAGACUGCGGGCUGGAUGGCCUUGUUCAAAAUGCCUUAUGGCUUGCAGGGGAUGAACUUGUCCCUUAUAGAGGGCAUGUCCAUCCCUUCUGCAGCCUACAAUAACGCCCUAGCGUUAGCUGCGUGCAACAAGAUGGCGAGGUAUGGUGGCAUCAGGGGAUGUGGAGAGCUUUUGGCGGCGGCGAUGGAAACCAUGAAGUUCGAUGCGGAGAAAGAUAUCAUGCAAUCCAUCGAAGCCAACGACAACACGACCGUCUUUGCAUGGAGACUGUUGCAGGUGGGCAACGAUGCGCCUACAGCGACAUCUAAGCUCAGGAGGAGAUUUUGCAAGAUGCGGGCGGCUCAGUUGGGAUUCCUGUCCAGAGGAUUGUCUGCAGAGUUCUAUACAGAAAUGGAAGAAGAGGAAUCUAUGUUCCUCAAGGCCCUCUGGAAAUCGUUGACGAGCGAUGGUACGAUCAGGCCUUUCAUGUUCGAGAAGAUCAUGUGUUGCAACUACUAUGCCAUGGUGAGAGCUGACAUCAACAAGAAAUCCUUGGGGUCCACGGUCUUCCAAAAGCUUCUGCCAUCUCAAAAUACUGAGCUUGCCAAUGAGAAGCUGUUCAGGAUGAAAACUUUGGUGGCAAGGAUGAGGCUUUACAUGCUGAGUCACAACAACCCGGACAAAUGGGGAAUAGGAUUAGACUCCCACAAGUUCAUGACGAACUUCUUCAGCAAGAAGUUCGAGGGUUACGAGGUGGACAUAGGUGGACCCGUCUACACGGACUACAAGCUCGACAAGUCUACAUUUGUCCGCAUUGACUCGGUCUACAUGCAUCUCACCGUGGACAAGGAGGACUUGGCGAAGAUCGUAGGUCUAGUGGCCAACUCAGUCGGUAUGAUCGGGCCCGUGGUGCCUCUCUCUCGGAAGAAGAUCAAGGCCAACGUCACCGCACUUGCCAGGAUGACGCCAUGGAGAAAGAUGACUGCUCACUACUUCGAUCAGCUCCAGUACACUGCGAAAGUUAAUCCGUCCGCCAGUCAGAUCAGGACGAAGGAUCCCAAGCGCCAUCAUGGACGCAGUCAGCGUCUUGUCUGCAUCGUCGAAGGCAUCUGCCACAGAGAGAGUGGUCAAGCCGCCAGCUUGGACCAGGCUCGGUUUCGAGGCACCUUCUACAUCUGCAAGUUUCAAAUCAGAGCAUAUGUGCUCUGGAGAGACAAGACGGAUGUAUUUCUGGACAAGAGCAUCCCUCUAGAUUCGAAGAAUGAGAUCAACUCCAUUCAUAGGGUCUUGGAAUCCACUGAUGUGUUCAGUCUCGACAGAGGGACAUUUGUGGGGAACCUAGCUUGGACCUAUGGCGCAGUCAGAGACAAGGGCCACUCUACAUUGGAGGCCUAUUUCGAGUCUUGCUUGGCGACUGUGGCUGCCUUCAAGUUCCUCAAGAUGAGAGGGCCCAACCUUCAGGAUGAAGCCACCGCGGCGGAAUCAGUCACUGAAGUGGUCAAGUACUUGAACACCUGCGGACUCAAAGAUGACUACCAAGCCAUCGUCCUUGUCGUCACGGCUGCGAGCGCCAGACAAGACACGGUUGUGAGCGUUGAUCCGUUCGAGGGCAUGCCUAGGGUGGUGCCACGGACGCGGGACACGUGCCUGAACACCUCCAUCAACAGCUCGCAACAUGGCCACAUGAUCCCGACCUCGGGAUUGCUGGUCCCUGGUGGCCCGAGACCGGGGUAUGGGCUUUUCGAGUCGAUCUACGGACAAUGGAAAAGGCAAGAGCGGACAGAUGCAGAGAUUGUUCGCUCCUUCGGAGCUCAGUGGCUCACCCUCUUCAGGCAGUCCAUUUACCAGAAGUUGCCGGAGAUCCUUGAUAUGCAGGACGACAAGGUGGAAAGGGAUUCCGAGGUUGCGGAGCCGAUCAACCGGCCCUACAACACAGGGAGUAUGGGGACGCGUGUACCAGUGCAUGUGGUCUCUAUGGUUCAUUCGCGCUGGCUGCAAGGGGGCAUCUCCGAUUCCACCAUUGAGCAGAUCUACGGUGCCCAUUGGCUACGCAUGUUCCGCAUAUGGAGAGAUCACGGGCUUCCAGAGUGUCGUCGGCAAUUUCCGGGUCUGGUGGACUGGGAUGACGUGGCCGACAUGGGUGACAGCACACAGCAACCCUGGUGCAUCGCCCUUGUGCCUGACGAUGAGCAGUACCAGGGUCGCAAUGGUUCGAGUGGUGAUGGGCCAGAGCCACAAGGGGAACAGACACAGUACUUUGAAGGGAGUUUCGACAACAUCGCCAGCUGA